AUGGCUACGGUCGGCUGCCAAGCUGCCCCUGUGGCGGCCGAGCAGCCUCGGCAGGCGGGAGGGGCCGCGGCUUCUCUCUGGCCUGCGCGCCGCGCCCGCCAGUGCGCUGCGCGCAGUGCUGCCCAAGGGAAGCUGGCGGCUGCCUUGGCGAGAGUCGCCACGCUCGAGGCCGAGCUCGCCGACUGCCGCGCGGUGCGCGGGGAGGCGGCGGCGCAGGCCGUGCGGAUCGCGGCUCUUCCGCUCGGCAGCCAACAGGUCCCCGACGACGUCCUGGUCCAGGAGCUCGCGACGCGGCUGGCCCUGGCCGUGCCUGUGCUGAUGGACAUGCUCGCCGACCGCCGCGCAGCUGCAGUUGGCGCCGCUGUCCCUCGCGUUGCCCCCGCCGCGCCUCCCCCCCUCGGCGCGGACGUCAGCGACGAGCUUACAUCGUCGCUCACUGUUGAUGGGGCCGCUUCCUCGGGAGCAUGCAGGCGCGCUUCGCCGCUGGCCACCGCCAGGCGGAAUGCUGGCAUGCAUUGCGCUUCGAGGAGGGGCGCAUCAAUUGCGAAGAUGAGGUUGACAUCGCUCAACCGACUGCAGCGUAGCGGUCCAGGUUGUCGACCUCGGCAAGGACGCGAUGCUGGUGGUCGCGGUCGUGCUGCUCUUCCUCAGCUUCGCCCUGCAGGUGCAGCGGUUCCACGUCGCCGCGUGCCUGCCCAGCGCUCGGCGGCCGAGGGAGUGGAGACGGGCUGGUGUGUGGCUCGCAGGCGCGGGCGCAGCCUGCCCGCUGGCGCGUCCUUCGUGCUCGCCGAGCUCGUGCGCAGAGCGGGUCAUCCCACUGCGGCCCCGCUGGCUUCUGGGCCGCUUUGGUGGCACGCUGGCGUCGAGGGAUUGGAUGACUCGGCCUUGGCAAGGCCUGAGAGCAGCGGCGGCUUCGGCGAGCACCCUGCCCCUCGGCCUUCUGAAGGUGGUGCUGUUCAUCCUCAUCGCCUCCCUGAUCCUGGUGCGGCGUGA